AUGUUGUGGACGGGUCUCAUCUGUCUUUUUACCUUGUGCCAAGCACAAGAGAUCAAAAACUUGUCAGGAGUUAGGUUCAAACUCAAUUUCAAACACUACUCCGGGUUUUUCCAAGUCUCCCACACUCAUGUACUUCACUACUGGUUCGUUGAGUCUCAGAAUGAUCCCGCAUGGAACCCACUAAUCUUCUGGUUCAAUGGUGGUCCAGGAUGUUCCUCGUUGGGCGGCCUUCUCAAGGAGAUGGGACCGUACUUGGUAAAAUCUGACGGUAGAAGCCUCAGGGAGAACCCAUAUUCUUGGAAUAAAAUGGCCUCAGUGGUGUAUAUCGAGUCCCCUGCAGGAGUCGGAUACUCUUAUUCCACCGAUGGGAACAUCACCACCAACGAUGAUCAGACUUCACUUGAAAAUUACGAAGCUGUCAAACAAUUCUUUCAGGUAGUCUUAAAAUAA